GAGAGAGAGAGAGAGAGUGUGUGUAUAACUUUGGGAAACAUAGGAAGAGGCAGCAAAAGGGAACAAACUUUUCUCUCUUGGCUGCUUCCUUUUGGACUUUUUCACAUUUCAUCAAAGACCUCCGAGUUGACAGGGCGGAAACAAGGAAGGAUAAUUUGUCUGCUAUACGAGUUAAAGAGUUAUUGCUCUAUUUUUGUGGUUAGCAGAGGUUAAUUUGUUUUGUUGUUCUUUGCAUUUUUAUCAAAUUGUUGAAGGCGUGACCACCUGAAGUCUCUACAAACUCAGCUGCAGCUCGCUCUGUCACACCCACACACACACACACACACAGACAAACAGACAAAUAUACACACACACCUGUUUUUGAGGAUUCCCUUGGAGUGCAGUCAUGGGCAUCUGCGUCACUGUUGCUUGAGGGAGUCUGUGAGGCUGUUAUCUGGUGGUGGCCCCGCUGACUGUUACAGUAGACGUUGACCUGCCGGUCCAGAGAAGAGGGGGGAGAUGUCAACCUACUACCCACGCACCAAGGACCUGACUCGCACCAGGAAGUCAGUGACAGAUUCUCCACCGUCCUCUCCGUCCCACACAGACAAAAACUACAGACAUGAAAGAUUGUCAAGAUAUGACUCCAGUGGGGAGAGUGUGACAGACAAACCAUUGGGCCGCACCAGCUCUUACACUCGGAGAGAGACGAGGCUGGCUGCUCUGAACAGACAGGAGCAAGACUGCACUACCAAAGACUAUAAGAAGAUGUAUGCAGAAGCUUUGCAUGAGAAUGAGAAGCUCAAGUCCAGGUUGCAGGACAGCAAACAGGAACUGGUCAAGAUACGUUCCCAGCUGGAGAAAGUCACCCAGAGGCACGACAGAAUAUCAGAGAGAUCUACAGUACUUGAAUCAGAGAAAAGGGAAAAACAAGCUCUUGAGAAAAGAGUGUCAAACAUGGAAGAUGAGUUAAAGGCUUUCCCUGCUCUGGCUCAGGUCCAGACCCUGCGGAGGGUGAACGAGUGUCUCCUGGCUGAGAAUAGAGCCAUGCUGCGCGUCCUCACCCGCCUCUCUGAGACGGCCUCCAUGCCGGAGACAGAGGACCUCUGAUCUUCUGACACCAUCUGUCCUCCUUUCUCCCCCCUCCUCUCCCCUCCUCAGCCUCAUAACGUCUAUUCUCCCCUCUUCUUCUGGUGCCUCUACAGCCCCCUCGUCUUCUGCUGUGUUCCUCUCAGAUCUUAACAGAGCUCAAGUCAGACAACCAGAGGCUUAAGGAUGAGAAUGGGGCUCUCAUCCGAGUCAUCAGCAAACUGUCCAAAUGAUAAGAUCCUGUUUGGGUUUUGUGGAUGCUCCAACCCUGUUAUUAUGGCAGUGUAAAUAUCCACAAUGUCCCAAGUUGUGACUCCUCUCUGAGUUAGGUGAUGGCUGCUUUGCACAAAUAAAUUCCUGUUGGGACUUGUAAAUAUCCAAAGAAAAGUGUUAAGGAGUUUCAGUCAAAUUUUCCUGUGCGAGUUACAGCAAUUGUUUCUACGUGAUAAGUAAUCAUAUUUUUGUAAUAUUCAGUGUUUUAUAAUAAUAAAUAGGGACCAGUUGUACUGUUUGAUAACCUUACAAGGCUCAGUUCGAACAAAUCCAGAGGUUUGCACGAAGGUACUGUUACUAAUCAUAUAACCAUCACAUGGAGACAUCACGUUUGUUUGCUACAUCACGCACUGCAGAAAACUAUUAUAAUGUUGUCUUGAUUGUGAAAUAGAGAGAAGCCAAGGACCCCAAAGGCCACUUUGGCUUGGAGAUAAACUGUAUUUUAA